AGGGCUCGUAAGAUAAGAUGUUUUAAACAAGCUUAGCCAAACGGACUGGUGGAGUAAUUGUCCCGUAAACCCCAAAAACCAAAAAUUAAAGUAGGCAUUCUCAGCUUCACUGUCACUAAGCACUUCUUCUGGUUGAAGGCCACUAGUGAAAAAAGGGUGAAGAAAAGAUGUGUUCUUUAUCCUCUUUUAACUCAAUCUGUACUCGCAGCUGCUUUUUUGGAUGCCAGGAUGAAAUGAAGUAUUCUAAGGCCAGGAAGCUUUGUGUUAGAGCUUCUGUUGUCACGUCAAUACCGCAGAGCUUACGAACUGAAGAAAUUCAGGCCCGGAAAUUCGAAAAGUUCCGAGUUGGGGUUCUUGGAGCCAGUGGCUAUACUGGCUCUGAGAUAAUUAGGCUGCUUGCGAAUCAUCCCAACUUCCAAAUAACGAUGAUGACCGCAGAUAGGAAAGCCGGUCAAUCAAUCGGAUCAGUGUUCCCUCAUUUAGUCAAACAAGAUUUGCCUGAUUUGGUUGCUGUCAAAGAUGCCGAUUUUUCCGACGUAGAUGCUGUUUUCUGUUGCUUGCCGCACGGGACAACUCAGGAAAUUAUCAAAGGUCUCCCGAGUAGUUUGAAGAUAGUCGAUCUAUCCGCGGAUUUUCGGCUCCAAGAUGUUGGUGAAUAUGAGGAAUGGUACGGUCAGCCUCAUGUAGCACAAGAAUUACAGAAAGAAGCUGUAUACGGUUUAACAGAGUUAUCCAGAUCCGAAAUCGAAAAUGCUCGUCUAAUUGCAAAUCCUGGCUGUUAUCCAACUUCUAUCCAGCUUCCUCUUGUCCCCUUAAUAAAAGCCAAUCUCAUCGAAGUGAAGAAUAUCAUUAUCGACUCAAAAUCUGGUGUUAGUGGAGCAGGACGUGGUGCGAAGGAGGCAAAUUUGUACACUGAAAUAGCCGAAGGGAUUCAUUCUUACGGUGUGACUAGGCAUCGUCAUGUGCCUGAAAUCGAACAAGGAUUAUCGGAGGCUGCGAAAUCGAAAGUUACUGUUAGCUUCACCCCACAUUUAAUGCCAAUGAGCCGUGGUAUGCAAUCAACUAUAUAUGUGGAAAUGGCCCACGGAGUAUCGACUGACGAUCUAUAUCAACAUUUAAGCAACUUUUACGAGAAGGAGGAAUUUGUUAUUAUGUUGAAGAAGAACGAGGUUCCUCAUACUCGACAUGUUAGAGGGUCCAACUAUUGCUUGAUGAAUGUGUUUCCCGAUCGAAUUCCUGGAAGAGCAAUAAUUAUCUCUGUUAUUGAUAAUCUUGUGAAAGGAGCUUCUGGUCAGGCAUUGCAAAAUCUGAACUUGAUGAUGGGAAUUCCGGAAAAUACGGGACUCCUCACAGUGCCUUUGUUUCCUUAGAACGGUUCGUUCCGGUAGUGACUUGGAGAAAAAGCUCGAAAUAUCGCACAGUUUCAGGUGAUGGAAUAUGCUGUUGUCCCAGCUGAAGUUUUGAGAUGACAAUAGUUCAAUUAUCUUUAAAAAUAAACCUGAACUUAUUUGUAAUUUAUGAUACUUUUCGCUUAGCAUUUACCGAAUUUUCUGUUUCCCCUUUCGACAAUUUUUUUAUUCCUAUUCCGAUUUUCUGA